GACCGCCCCGGCCGGCCGCGUGCGGACGGGUCUGCACUAUCCGCGGGGCGGCUGGCGCCGGCCGGCUCUACCGAGGGAAGAUGCCGGGCGGUGGCGGCGGCGGCGGGCGCGUUUGCGCCGCGUGCGGCGGCUCGGAGAUCGAGGUGGACUCGGCCCGGGGCGACGCCGUGUGCACGGGCUGCGGGUCGGUGCUGGAGGACAACAUCAUCGUCUCCGAGGUUCAGUUCGUGGAGAACAGCGGCGGCGGCUCGUCGGCCGUCGGGCAGUUCGUCUCCCUCGACGCAGCAGGAAAAACACAAACGGUUGGAGGAUUUCAUGUCAACUUGGGAAAGGAAUCGCGGGCACAGACUCUACAAAAUGGAAAACGCCAGAUUCAUCAUUUGGGAAACCAGCUGCAACUUAACCAGCACUGCCUUGAUACAGCCUUCAAUUUUUUCAAGAUGGCGGUGAGCAAGCACUUAACCCGUGGGAGGAAGAUGGCCCACGUGAUUGCUGCAUGCCUCUACCUGGUGUGUAGGACGGAAGGCACUCCUCGUAUCCUUUUCCUGUUGAGCAGCAAGAGCUUUAAAGAAAUGGCACUCCGGACUUGGAAUACUUCUGCUCUGUGUUUUAUAGUAGCCCAUUUCUAUGCACUUUAAAAUUAGCUGUGACCAUGAUUGUCUCUUGUCCAAGAAAGCACUGUAGGUAAACAUUUUGAUGUACAUAAAUGUAAACAGGGAAAUUGGUAGGGAUUAUCGUGUUUAUAGUGGGAUGUGGCGCUUUCCUCACGUGGAUGGGAGCUAGGGAAAAGUAGUUCAAGAGAUCUUCCUGCUUCUAGUAGAUCAGACCACCUUGUGAUUAUUUCUCAGGAGGAGCCACAUCUCUUGCCAGCUCACUGCUUCUGAGUACUGAGCUGUUAUUGUUAGGCAUGGGACUACUUGCAUGUCUAAUAUCACUUUGUGGUAAGGUAUGACUUAGCUUACACCAACAUACAAUCACAAAGAAAAGAAAAAAACAUAACCAAGAGCCUUUGAAUCUUGCCCUCCCCUACUGAAAUUCCCUUUUCCCUGCUUCUGCUUUAGCUGCUCCUUACUAUAAUUUUCUGAUUCUGCCAUUCUUUUCUUAAAUACCUUUUUCUUGGGUUUUCUUGAGAAUUUUUAAUUUUUCAUGUUGUUAUUGCUGACAAAGUAAAGGAAGGGACAAAUGGAGCAAAGGAAUGGGUAGGAAAAAGGGGUUCACACAAGCCAGAAUUCUGCUGGUAAUGAAUAUAUCAUAAACCUUUGCAGAACAAUGUUUUGACUAAAAAUGAGACAAAAUUAAAAUAGUGGGAAUUGGAGAUAGGCAGAGGAAUCCUGCGGAGGUUGUAAGAAUCUGUUUCAGAGGAACUUCAAUGUUCAGGAAAGAUUUUUUUAAAAUUGUAGUAUAAAGGAACUCAACUGAUGACUGGUACUGAAGAAUUCAAGCAGUACACAAUAUUCAGCAUGAAAUGGCUUCAUUUUAAGGGUCUGUAUUAAGCUGAUGGAUCUGACAUGAUAUAUUAAAAUGAGAAACUUUUUUCAACCCCCUCAAAAAGUUUGAAAACAUAUUUAAAAUUAAAUACUUUAUCCCAGAAAAAUUUCAUGUUCAGAGUUAAAUGCAAAUGAAUCUAAAAUGAAACAAAUAGCUUAAUACAAAGGAAAGCAUUAAUAAGAAAUGUAUGAAAUAUAGUUUUGAAAUCUCAAAUAAGCAUGUACGAUGUAAUAUAAAUCUAUAAAAGGCUGAGAAAUAAUAAACAGUAAUUAGAGUUGCUUUUACUUUAAGAAGUAGUAGAAAAUAGUGUGUUAAUGAAAGUUAGCAAUGCAAAUUGCUAAUACAAAGUUUUGGCAUGUGCCUUGCUACAUAGAUCAUCAAGGCAUGUGUUUAUUUUUUUUUAAUUUACUACACACCAUGAAAAUUAUUUCCAUUUAUUUAUUUAAUUCCCAAGUACCAUCCUGAGUAACAAUAUGUUGUACCAGUGCCCAAGACAUCUCACCAGAAACUGACCUGAGAAGCUUGGACAUCAUUUAUUUAUUUGUAUGUUUAUAGUUAACAUAUCUAAUAGAUAUUUUUUCCAAGGAGCUCAAGGUGGCUUACUUGAUCCCCCCUCCCCCUUUUGAGGUUAGGCUGAGAGCUCCUGGAUUCCAGCCCAGUGCUCUAACCACUGCACUACCUCUGCUCUCAAGGUAGCCAUCAAUGCCGAAGAGCUAUGUAGCAAGUGAUGAUAAAUGUUUCGAAGCAAAACGAGGAACAGAAAUUGAAGCUCAUAUAUAAGAGGUUAGAUCUGAAGGGCCAUGAGUGGAAGGAAAGCAGCUGUUAAAUGCUGCAAUAGAAAUGUUUGUGCAAGUUCUUGCACAGAGUGAUUUAAUUGGUAUGCUUUAAGCAUUUCUUAUGCUUCUGCUUGCUCAUUUGAUUGUACAAUCAGAACAUCUUUGGAUGUAGUUCCACAUUUCUCAUGCAGUGCUCUAGCACAAGGCAUAAACUGACCUUCUGUGACGGGAAGACUGUUUUCACAUCUGGAAGGUCACCUUUGGAUCCAAUCCAUAUUUCUUUUUAGCUCUCCUGAUUUCUCCUGCACAUUAUGGAUCAGGAUUUUUCAAAGACCGAGGUUUGGUUUCCUCAAGUUUGUAAAACCAAUUAUAAAAAUGAGAUGUCAUGCUUAAAGACUUCUGCGAAUUAGCUAGCACUUUCUGGUUCAUAAUAUUUUAAAGGGGCAGUCAGGGCUAAACAAAUGCCUCCCCCUGCUAGGGGAAAUGGAUUGUUAUACAGCUGUAGUGAUCCGGCUGCAAGUACCAUCAAGAGAACUUUUGAAAGCAGUUUGUAUGUAUAACUUGUCACUGUAUGCAAAUAAGCUGGCUAUUGAAUAUAUGAUUUUUGCUGGCAUUGGGCAGUGAAUGGAGCUAUUAUGGGACCAUACUAGACGUUUUUAUUAUUAAUUCGUAAGCAUACAUUGCUUCACUUUUCCCCUUUGUACUUGCCUUGACAUCCAGCUGCCAAGAAGUAGUAGUAUAUGUAAGAGGCCAUCUGCCUCAGUGAUCUGUGUGAGUCUGUUACAUAAGUGCAGGCAGUAACUAGAGUGGAUAACUUAUUUUGUGUACGUUGACAAUCUGGUUAUAUUAGAGUGGUUUAACUGCAGCAGUUUCACUUAGAUUCUGUGCCUGCCUCCUGCCCCCCCCCCCCAUAAAAAGCAACGUGACGCUUCAGUUGAAAGCAAAUCUCAUGAAGGCUGUCCUCCUCCCUCACUCAUGGAAAUGCCCAAGGUACAGUCUGUCCCUCCUGCUCUGAGGGCUAGAUCCACAAGCAUGUGGGGGGCCAUAGCUCUGUGCUUUUCAUGCAGGAUGCCCCGGGGUUCUCCUGUUGAAGAGACCAGGCAGGGUGUUGCUGCUAGUCAGAGUAGGCAGCAAGCCUCCCGAGUCCCCUUGGAUGGACCAGUAUUCUGACAUGAUAAAAAAAAGGUCUCCUUGGUGUCUCCCUCUUUGCUCAGAUGCAGCUGGCGCUUGGCAGUGCAUCUCUCCAUUACGUGUAUUGCAUGGAACAUAACAUGUCGCACUGCAUGUAAUGAUGUUAUACGCUCCUUCCGUGUGUACACGGAAGUGUUGUAAGCCUCCCCGAGGCUUCGGCGAAUGGGGCGGCAUAAAAAUGUUUUAAUAAAUAAAUAAAUAAAAAAUACAUCCGGCCGUAUUUGCAGUAUGCUGUUCGUACCUCCACCUGAAGAAAGUGGGCUCCACAGGGCUCCUUUCUUGUGCACACAGCUGCGCAUGUCAGAAGAGAUGGACUGAGGCUUCUGGGGAGAAUGGCAAGAUCUGACCUUGUAUCUUGCUAUUGCUAAGGGUAAGGAAAGCUGCAGAAGAAGCUUUGCCAAUCGUUUGGGCUUCAAACUUCCCCUGGCUUCUGAAUGGUGGCGUUGUUACCUUGGGAGGCAGAGAUUCCCUCUUCUCACUUUGAAGCUCACUAUGGCGCCUCUGUUUUUGUGAAUGUUUCUGUUGUGUGUGCAAGGAUGGUGAGCUGUGUGUACCUAAGCAGUGCAAUGUUGUCUCUAGGAGACUGAAAGGUAUGAAUUGGGAAGUUCCCUGGUUUGAAUCUUCUCUGUGUCAUGAAUUCAGUAGUUAGCCUGAUACUUCCUAGUUUUGCAACAAGCUUGUUUCAGCCCAUUGUGCAAUAUGGUGGUGAUAACAAUGGUCUAUCUUGCAGGAUUGUUGUGAAAAUUGCAAAACGAUGAUAUGUUUGAAUCACUAUGAACACAAACAUGCCAUGUAUUCAUAUCAUCAUGACCAUCACCAGCAUCAUCAAAUCUCUUGAUAUAAGAUUUGGAAAAGGAGAGAAAUGUCUAUCUUCAUUUUGCAGAAUUUGCUAGCUGUGGAGCAGUUAAGGAAGGAGCAUAGACACUCCGCUUCUUGAUUAUGGAAUCACAGAGUUGGGGAGGAUAUUGCAGUGGCUGUCUAGUCCUGUGCCCACCCUUCUCUGCUUGAAGCUUGUUUGUUGGUGAAAGCAGAUGAAAGGUAGAAGCAGAGGACAUGUUAGUGGCAGCCUGUAGAGCUGGAGCCCCCUGCAAUUUGUGGGGUGGUUUAACUCAUGAAUUGGUGUUACAUAUGAUCUAGGUCAUAGUUCUUGCUGUGAAUUAUCUAGCAAAACUAUUGCUUUAGUGUGGCCUUUACCUAUUUUUUUCUUUAUACUUUUUUUCUUCUGCUUAUCUGGAGCUAGAACUUUGGUUCAUUCGUCCCUGGCUUGUCUGUUCAGACAAGCUCUGUAUGAUCUUGGGAGAAAGUGUUCAUUAGCUUUGCACACCUGGUCUCCUUUGGUGAUGAAUAACAGGGAUUUUGUGGCGGGAUCUGUGCAAGGAGGGCAUGUGUUCUGUUGUUGAGCCGUUACACCCGUCUUCUCUCAUGCUAAUCUUUUGUGUCUUGAUUUUAUUUAAUUCUUAACAGAAGAGUGACUUGCUGACUUCUCUUUGACCCUACACCCUUCACUUCUGCACCAUUUUGGGUGAAUUACGUGCAGGAACUUGUGCUACAAUCUUGGCAGAAAAUGUUUUGAGAUUGCUUUUGUAAGCUCUUGCAAUAUGACCCAACAAAACCCUUGAAAGAUGCUGUUCAUUUAAAACUUCCAAACUAAGUAUAAUUUGCAGCAAUGUGUUAUUUUGCAAUUAAGGCCAAAUUCUAUUAGCAGAAUAGGAAAUUUGGUGUCGUGCUAAGGUAUCUCCCGUGUCCCCCCCACCCCCCCGCAAUUUCCCCUUACUCUAAGGAACUCAGGUUGAUGUGCAAGGCUCUCCGUCAUGCAAUAUCCCUGUAGGAUAGGUUAGGCUGAUCAGGAUUUCCCACAGUUAGAAAAGAAAGGAAAAUAUAGCAGAGAUUAACCUGCAAUUUGAAUUGGACUGCUAGCAUUGAAGGGGGAGAUAAUUCUUUACUCUUCAUGCUUUUCCCAGUGCAAAUGGCUCUUCUCUCUAUAGGAAAAAUGCACACGUAUAAUUCAGGAUAAUUCCAGUUACCAAAAUGCCUAAGAGUUAAUGCUUAAAGUUUAACCCCUGGCAUUAUAGCCCUAAACUUAAUCACCUGCCUAUCAGCAGCUGCUGUUAAUAGGGGAAGGGAUCAAUUUUGAUAGAGGAAGUGGAAUAGGGUUGGCCUUCCAACCCCAGCCACUAGUCAUAUUUAAAAUAGCGGCAUGGAAUUUUGACCACAGAUCUCCUUUGUCCUUUUGCUGGCAUGCCCAAGGUCUCCCAGUAUGCUUUGCGGUUGAAGUGUGGGAUUUGAAUCCAUGUCUCCUCAACUGAAGUCUAGCAUUUCAUUCAAUAGUUUCUUGUUGCUGGUGCUUAGUACAUUUCAUGAAUCUGACCUUAGUUUGCUGUUUGGAAUGGACACAGACCUCCAUUGGGUUAGUCUAAAUGUUUUGAAUGUUUCUACCUCUAUGUAUGGGGUGAUUGAAAACAAUGAGCAGUUCAGCAGCUACUCUGGUUCCCAAGAGAGGGUGUGCGCUGUGGAAAAGCUGAAUGUAGUUUUUGACCAGUUUCACUGGGCUGUCUACAACGUGUGGCUAAAACAAUAUUUGGCUUGCAUAGUAUUUUCCAGGUGGAGUGUUUAAUGUUUGUUUUAAUAAAGGAGAAUUUAAUUGAAUGUGUCAGUGGUGGGGGAAGAGAGAUGGUUUAUGAAAGCUGACUUUUGUUACAUUGCUUGGUUUUCCACUUGUAUAAAUCCUUCACAUUUCUCUUUCUAAAAACAUUUGCAGGAUGGAUGAAAUAAUGAGGUGUUUUUUGUUUUUACUUCUCUGUGUAUUUGUCCAUGUCUAGUUUCAAAAAUCAGAGUGAUCAUAUCAGCUGCCUCAGCAUCUGGAGGCAGAUACCAGUCUGUUUAAACCCUUUUUCAAAACUUGGCUUCAUCUGGCUGGUGCAUUGAAUUACCCCUUGUGUAAUAACACUGGAUUCUCAUAAUUUGGAUUGGUCAUAUUUGGGGAUGUGUAAACAAAAAUAUUUGUGAUCAGGCAGUCACAGUUAUGUGUUUGGAAAGUUGAAACCUGGGCUAAAUUAUCCAAAUUGCAUAUGCAUAUUUUCUCUUACCUGCUUGAAGUAUUUUGUGGUUUUUAAAAACAUUUUGUAUCAGGAGAAACAAAGGAACUAGGGCAAUACACUGAUUUUUGAGCGUCUGUUGUGCAUACAGUUUCUAGUGCACUGGGAAAACUUUUGAUUUCCGAAUACUUGAUCCUUUUUAGGAAAGCAUAUUAAAUGAUUAUAAACUUUUGUGCCUUCAAGAAGUCAUGUGUCUCUUAAGCUAAUAUCCUCAGUGUUGGCAUUCUUCUUUGUGAAUGAGAGAAUUGCUGAGCAUUGAUGGCAAGCUAUAAAUUUUAACGAAUACUCUUUCAAAAGUAGCUGGCAAAAUAUUGCCAAGUGUAUGUGAAAGCUUUGUUGUUCUGCUGCUUGAAAAUCUAGAGAUGUGCAGUGCCCUGCAAAGAAACGUGUUAGGCAGGGAUGUGUCAGGCAGGGUGGUGGUGGUGAACUUUUGAUGGAUUUUAGUUAUUCUUCCUGGCCCUGGCUUUUGGUUUGUUGAUUCUGUGCUAGCACCAACUCACUGUGCUGUGACUUGAGCCAGCUCACUGAUUGCCAUGUCUAAGAAGGGCCACGAUUUGCACAUUUUUAAAUGAAAAAUGUUUAAGGAAAUUUGCACAAAUCUGAACCUGAGAGCUACAUAUUUCUAGUGUGAGUUGUGCAAAUCCUGCUAGACAGGUGUAGUUCUUAGCUUUUGGUUUGCACAAGUCAUGCAAGAACUUUGUAGUUCUUGGCUUCUUAUUUGUGCAAAUCACAAGAUUCUGGCAAAUUUCCUUAGCCUUAAAAUCAGUCAAUCCCAGCCCCUCUUAGAGAUGGAGAACCAUGAACCCUCUCUGUCCUGGUCUGCUUCCAGUGGCAAGCAGGCAGGCAAAUGAACCAGAUUUCCCAGUGUCCGUGUAUCCCUAGGGCCAUGUAGGAAUACUAUAUGUAUUUAAACUAGAAGGGAAAGUUAUCUCUUCUUACAUCACAUUGUGCUACGGUGCCUGUGCAGAGGGGCCCCACCUGCUCCCUUCACAUACCUGCCCAUGUUGGGCCCCACAGGUGGCAUUUUUGUUGUUAUAUUUAAAAUAAGAAUGAAAGAAAAAAAUCCGUUGCUUUGAUCUUACAUUGUAAGAAUUUUGCAAAUUUACUCCAUGGCCAAUUUCAUGACAGUUCAGGAUAUGGGCUCUUUUGUGGAACAGAUGCUGUGCAGCAGCUGUGUCACCUUUGACCGGCUCUGCCCACUGGUGGCC